AUGGUCAAAGAGAAAGACUAUUCACCAGCGGCGUCGUCACAUUACGCUUCGGCGGAGACGAUUGCGGACGAUAGCGACGGCUUGGAAAUAAAGCGAAUGUCGUUAGGACCUUCCGGUGCAGCACUUUCACGUGAGCACCACGAGUAUCCGACUCCGACCACCGGACCGAUCAGAAUAACCACAGAGCCAGUCGAUGCUACAGGUGACCCCGACCAGAUGCUAAAAUAUUUUGCAAAGGCCAUGGAAAAGUUCAUGCGAGACCAACAGGGACGGCCGCCACAUUCUGAGCCGACCAGUCGCCCCAACCACAACCACAAGUUGUUCGGGGUAGGUAUGCCAGACACGGACAUGGAAUCGGCUGACUCGCAUGGUAGUCACGGUAACACUUUUGACCCUGACGACCUCGACAUUGACGGCUUCCGUCGACCUCACUUGGCUACUACGAAAGUCAUUAUGGAAGAAGGAUUUGCUGCGCAGCGGAUUCGCAUGUCUGCGAUCGCCGAUCUAAAGGAGUUCUCAGGCCGCGAUUACGAUGAUUAA